UUUGUACAAGUUCACAAGGCUAGUAGAGUGAACUCUUUUAAGUGAUGUCUGGAUCAUGCAAAUUACUAAGCCAUUCUUCUUCACUUCUCUAUCUUUCUCUCUCUAUUUAACUAGUUUGUGAAAACCAUGAAAUCAAUAGACCUUUUGUGUGCAUCUCCAGCUUCUACAGCCAUAUGUUCUAGCACGGAUCAACGGACCAUGGUCCGUGACCAUGGUACUAGAUCUAUGGACCGUCGAAGUGAUCACUAUAUAAGUUCUAGCACGGAUCAACGUACCAUGGUCCGUGACCAUGGAACGAGAUCUAUGGCCCGUCGAAGUGAUCACUAUAUAAGUGAUCACCAUCGACGAAAAUCUAAGACUAACAUUCCUGCCAUUCCUUGUUCAUCACAGUUGCCAAUCAAUCCUGCAUUUUACCAAAAUAAUAGGAAAAGUGCUUCUGAAAGUGGUCGAGGACUACGGAGAGCAAGCUCAGCAAAGAUUGUUAAUGACCUAGCUACUACUCCUCAUGGAUCCUCUAGGCAUCUCUUGAGUGAUAAAACUCUCAGUGAUGUGUUAUCACAGACUGAUAGUUUAUCUGCUCCUGUUUCUAGUGAACCUGCAUUGCCUCGAAGCCUAAGCUCCAAGGAACCUGUCAUUCCUCGAAGCCUAAGCUCCAAUGAUUCUGCAUUGGUUUCCAGAGAUCAAGCUUUGAGGCCUUUUGGCCAACUUAUCAGCUCUAGUGAUUCUCUUGUUUUAAAACCUGUCAACAAACAGUUAGGUGCCAGUCAAUCUGCGCGGAUAAUUGAAUCUUCUGCUCAGAAAUCUUCCUCAGCUCGAUCUCAGUCCCAUUAUCAGGUGGUGGAACUAAUGGUAUCAAUUCAUUGCAAGGGGUGUGAAGGAAAAGUGAGAAAACAUAUUUCCAGAAUCGAAGGAGUGACCUCAUUCAGUAUUGAUAGAGCAACAAAGAAAGUGACAGUGAUUGGGGAGGUAACCCCUUUAGGAGUACUUUCAAGCAUUUCAAAGGUGAAGAGUGCCCAGUUUUGGCCAUAUCCAACUUCUUCUUCUUGAUAGAUCUCACGGAUUUUCCCUACUACUCGCUAAUUUUCCUGUUAUAAAUUGUUUUCAAAAUUUCAGCAUGAUGAGUACUCUGUGCCGUGUGGUCAUUCUCAAUUGCUAAUCUGUUUGUUCAAUGCAUAUGUAAGUUAUGAGAAUAAGGUUGAUUUAAAUUGUUUUUACUGUUGUGUUUCCUUUUUAAUAUAAGGGGUAAUUUGAGUUCUCUUCCUCUGAAUCAAGAAUAAUACAAUUCACAUGUUUCAGAUUUUUUGCUUA